GGACGCGUUGUGGAGCGCGCACACUGCCAUGAACUUCAGAGCGUAACUUCGCCGUUUUUCUCGGUGGGAAACUACGACCGUAUUGAUCUCUUUUUCUCCCCCUCAUCAGAACGCGCAACAUUCGGAGAAUCUAGUUGCAUAUUUUGUCCCUCCGUUUCCAGCAGCAUGUCGUCCGCGGCGGUCGCUGCCUCGCGCAGGCAGUCGUGUUAUUUGUGCGAUCUGCCCCGCAUGCCGUGGGCGAUGAUCUGGGAUUUUACCGAGCCCGUGUGCCGCGGAUGCGUCAACUACGAAGGAGCGGACCGCAUCGAGUUUGUGAUCGAGACCGCGCGGCAGCUGAAGCGCGCGCACGGGUUCCAGGAGGGCAGAUCACCGGGACCGGUGGGCAAACCGGGGAAGGACAUGCAGCACAUGAACCACACUGAACCGGGCUCGCGUGCUCCGCAGGCGCUGGAUCGCUACCCGCUCGCGUCGGACAGACCCCCCAGACUGGGUCCGGAGUACCAGGGGGGGCGACAAGCGAACGGGAUCCCGGUGCCGAACGGGUUUCCAAAGCCCGACGAGCCCCCGGAGCUGAACCGCCAGAGCCCGAACCCGCGUCGGACCGGCGCCGUGCCUCCUAACCUGCUUCCGCUGGUCAACGGGAGCAUGCAUGCGCUCAACGGGAGAUCCGUGCAGAUGGGGAUCCACCCGGUUGCGUUAACGGCGGAGCAUGUGGGCAAACGCGCGGAGGACAUGAAGGACAAACACCGCGCCGACAGCAUGAGCGACGCGAGCGACGGACACAAGGACUGGACGCAGAAGGGCAGGACGGUGCGGGAGCUGAUGUCGCUGCACAGCAUCGACUCCCGGUUCAAGAAGGAGCACAGGAUGGGAUUCGAGAGCAGCUCCGGUGCCUUAAAAACAGAUCGUGGUAAGCACUCUCGGGGCAUUAAAAGGAAAACCUCUCCCGAGCCGGACGGGGAAAGCAGUGGCGGCAAACUUAACUGCGAGAAUCAGCCGUGGUUGCCGUCUCCGUCCGAGGUGCUCAAGAUGCCCUUGGGAUUCGCCGCCGCUCCUCCCUCCACAAUCUCCCCGCAUUCGCGCACUACACCGCCAGAGGCGUCCACCGCCGCGCAAAACGGCCAGUCGCCGAUGGCCGCACUAAUUUUAGCCGCGGACAACGCUGGAACCGGCUCACCUAAGGACAGCGGAAACCAAGUGCACUCCACGACCGCGGGACAGCGGAACAGUGGAAGCCCACAGUCGCCCUCGACAGGACAAAGGCGGCUCACGCUGGGAACGUCGGGAACGACGACCGUGCACAUCCCAGGCAUGGACCCGCAGGCCGGGCAUCCGCAGAGCAUUCCCGAUUCCUCGGUGCCUCCCGGAAGCGUGCCGUUGUGCUGCACCCUGUGCCACGAGCGCCUCGAGGACACACAUUUCGUCCAGUGCCCGUCCGUUCCGUCGCACAAGUUCUGUUUCCCGUGUUCCCGCGAGAGCAUCAAACAGCAGGGGGCGACGGGAGAGGUUUACUGCCCGAGUGGCGAGAAAUGCCCACUUGUUGGAUCCAACGUACCCUGGGCGUUCAUGCAAGGCGAAAUAGCCACCAUUUUGGCUGGGGAUGUAAAGGUUAAAAAGGAGAGGGACCCUUGAUUUUUUUUUUUCUUCUUCUUCUUCUUUUUUUUGCGCAAAAUAUCCUCCAGGUUUAAAAAAAAGUACACUUCCAUAAUGUACUUGUCAAACGAUUAAUCGCGAUUAAUC